GACCAUUAUAACAUCUACCGUGAUAGAAAUAUUUCUCUCAGUCUGAGAACUAGAGGGAGAGACAGGCAGAGACAACAGACUCAGGAAACAUUCAACACCUCUGGACGGAAUCAAAGGAAGGGGGACUUAUAGGUAGAAAUUAAAGCCAAACAGGAAGGGGGGAAAUGAUAGCAAGCUUGAAUCAUUAACAUAUGACUCCUGAGGGCUGUGGAAAUUUCUCACUUAACAACAGGAGUGUUUUCAAAAUCAACAUAACUGCGUGUCAACAUGUAGACUCUCCGCAGGGCUCUAGUAAAACUAUCUCCUCACCCCCCUUUUUUAUUCUCCCCCACCAGAAUUAAAUCACUAACCUUGCAUUUUGGAGAAGACUAAUCUUAAGGUUCUUGGAGGAAUCUGAGGGAUGCGUCUGAGACACAGAUACAGAGCAGACAAUCCUGACAUGGUGCCGACCCAAAUUGACAGAGACGAGGAAAAAGUGGACUGUUCAGAGACAGACACGUCUCCCACCAGACACAGGUAUUCUCUACUCGAUAUUAAGAUAGUGAUUCUUGCUAACUUAAACUAUUAUCAGCGUUGUUCUCUAAUCUGUGAUGUAAAUAAUCUUUUUAUCUAAGACUGAUUACUAUCCAUAUUGCCUCAUACUGAUUUUUAUUCAUUAUUUAGCUAAAUCACCAGGGUAACCAGCAUUUUGCUUUGUCACAGUAUAAAUGUUUAGUUUGCAAAGCAAUACCUUAAAGUUCAGAUAAGAAACCAAUAAUUUCUUAAGAGUUUACAAAUCAAAAUGAACUGAGAUUGUCUCUGGAAAUAAAAACUCACAGCUAACCUGUGAAUUGUGUUUGUUUACCGACGUGUUUAAUAUGACGUAGAAGUACAUGUCAUUUGUGGUGUUUUUGAUUCAGAGCAACAGAUGAACUGUAAGCCAUAAAACUUAGUGAACUAUCACAAGCCAUAAUCAUCACAGACAAUAUUUUUUUUCUUUUCUUUUUUACUGCGCUUAAUAUCAACAAGAAUCCUGUGCUUCUGUUGUCAGCGUGUCCAUCAGGCACUUUACCCUGAGAAAAAAUAAAUAAGUGUGUAGGUUUCGUCUGAAGAUAAACUACAAGGUGGGGGGAGACAUUUUAAAAAAAGAGGAGCACCAGGCCAACAGCAAACAACUGUGGCUGCGAACAGAUAUUUAAGUGCUUCCUAAACCGCAGUGAGAAAGCAGCCGUCCUGCUGUCAGCUUCACAAAAGGAGACAAAGACAGAGUGGAAACAGCGAAGCCACAGCUUGAGCUGAUUAUUGAUUGUUUCUAAAAACUGAGUGCUUUACCUACCUGAGUGAUAUAGACUCAGCUUGCAUCUGAGGGGGGGAAACAAACAAUAACCUCCACUUCAGUAACAGAAGAAGGGGAAAGGAGACCAGAAAGGAAGAGUGGCAGAGAGCAGAGAGGAAGUUUUCCUCUUCUGUCUCCACACAUCUGGUCAUCAGGCUGGCUGACGCAGCCAUGGCGUUCACCUUCGCGGCCUUCUGCUACAUGCUUACCUUGGUACUGUGCGCUGGUCUCAUCUUCAUUGUCAUAUGGCAGAUCAUUGCGUUUGAUGAACUCCGCACAGACUUCAAAAACCCCAUCGAUCAGAGCAAUCCCACCCGAGCGAGGGAAAGGAUUCUCAACAUCGAAAGGAUCUGCAACCUGCUUCGCAGAUUGGUGGUGCCGGAGUACUCCAUCCAUGGGCUCUUUUGCCUGAUGUUCAUGUGUGCUGGAGAGUGGGUCACACUUGGCCUAAAUAUCCCACUGCUCUUCUACCAUCUGUGGAGGUUUUUUCAUCGGCCAGCUGAUGGAUCAGAGGUGAUGUAUGAUCCUGUCAGUGUGAUGAAUGCCGACAUUCUCAAUUACUGUCAGAAGGAAUCCUGGUGCAAGAUGGGUUUUUAUUUGGUCUCGUUCUUCUAUUAUCUCUACAGCAUGGUCUACGCCCUGGUGAGCUUCUAACCAACAAGUGAUCAGAAGAAAUUAAAAGAAGGAUCUGUAAGAAAGACAAAGAGAAAGUGUGGAGAUAUAAACUCUCCUUACCUCCAUGCAUCCAUACUUUCUCUAGCUUUGGUUUUUGGCAAUCUAAUCUUGGACACCAUAAGAAGACCAACCUAAGUGAAUGUGAGUGUAAUGGUCUUGCCACCAUUCAGUUUUAGUGCUUCAACCAUAAUACUGCUGUCAGAUGGCUUAACAAAGCUUUGAAGGACUGUAAACAAACAAACAAAAAAAAAGGUACAAAUGGUUGUGAUUGUGAUGCCUUUGACCCAAAAUAUGAUUUCACAAUAUUUCUGAAGGGCUGGAUUUUCCCCAUGCUGCUCUUACUGAUCCAGUCGCUCAACUCACUGUGAAACCCCCAAACGCUUAGAGGCUGGAAAAGAAAUGAAACCGUGUAUAACAAACCAUUGCUCUGAUUGUGUUACAGAUACAAGAACGCAAAUGGGCAAAAGGACUUUAGCACAAACAUUGUAUUAAAUGUAGAAGGUUUGGCAAGGAAGCAAUGAGUUCCACAAACAUUUUAGCCAGAAUGAACAUUUUGGCAACUUCUGCUUAAAGCAGAAGCAAAAACAACACUAAAAGCAUCAUCCUGCAGCACAUAGAGAUCAAAAGUUUAAGGGUCAAUAACUGCUAUGUGCAUUUAAAAUUGUGUGUAUCUGUAGGGCAAUAUUUAAUGCUUCAUGCUAGGUUCAUGCUUUCCAAACGAGUUUCAUGCUCUAAUGAUAAUAAUGCCAAAAGUUUAACGUUAAAAAACAUUGUGCCAAAUUUAAAUUAGGACAAACAAAAGGAAGAAAAUGUUUGACCCUAUCUUUUAUUUUUGUUAACACAUACUCAGUUUUGGCACAAUGGUUUUU